UACCCGGAGCAGAUGUUUACGAGACCAUUCAUUCUCUGUUAAAAGGCCUGCUCGUGAAGUCGUCGAGUUCAUUGGCAUGUGAACUCGAGAGAGGUGUUUCCUCGCGGAAAGCACCGAUCACGGUUGCUCGUGCAUCCGCCUAAAUAAGACACAUCAAUCGCCAUGACGUAACGGCCGAGGAACACCGGGUUCACGACGGUUCGCGGCGCCGGGGCGCACGAAUAAUACGCACCGUGUGAAAGAAAAAUUGCCGUGCUGCCGAAAUAAAUAUGCGCGAUGCGGAAUUCUGUUUGUCGGAGUUUUUUUGUUUAUCACCCGAUAAACGUUUAGUACCUGAGCGCUCGUCAAUGUAGGGAGUCAAGCCGACCGUCUGGGCCGCAGGUUUUGUUUAUCUGUUUUGUUGUAUGUUGGAAUUGUGCGUUGGAAUGUUGACACGGGGGAAUGUGAAAGAAGUAUUAGAAUCGGGCCUGUUCGAGCUGUCGGAGUGCCGUUAUCUUUAAGCACUUUUAACAUUUGCCGAUGCCACUGGACAGUGUUACAUAACAUUGUCACCUAUCUGCCGAGGCGAUAAUACAUCUAAGAUAAGAGAUAUUUUUAAUUUAUGAACACGAUAUUUUAUAUGAAGCAGCUUUCAGUUUUACGCGAUACACCAAUCAAAAUAUGAGGGCCUGCUAGUCGUAGGAUCCUAAGUCGUUAAUACCUCAUAGAAUUUAUUCGUUCUUGUGCUAUUGUCUACGUCGUCGAUUUUACAUUCUUCUAGUCUUGGUGCGUUCCAUCACAUCCCUACGCCCGGAGGGUUAUGUAUCUUAAGUCCAAAGAUGAUACGUAUGAUAUACAAAAACUUUGCGACAUACGGGUCAAAUCUCAUGGGCAUCCUAGCACCUCUGAGUAUCCCGCCGUUGCACAUCGCGUCCUUGUUUUACUUUUGGCAAGAAUACUCGAGAGUGGUGGACAAGGAGUAUUGCUCCUGUUCAUGUUGGGACACUGUGUUUAAAGGCUCGUACGAGUCCGGAAUCGCUUCCUACAAGCACAUGUAUUUCAACGCCACGCAGAACACGCUGAAAAUCUGGAUGGCCAUAGUAAUCGGGGUGAUCUCAUUUUACGAGACGGUGAAGUACUUAACGUGGCUGGCGAUUCAGCAGAGGCUCAGAUAUUCCAUGAUGCUGCUCUUCGCGACCACCGUGUUCUCCCACUACUACACCUGGUGGGUUUACAUAAAUUACUGGAACGACGAGUUUUACUCCCAGUGGUACCAUCAGAUGUUCUUCUCCGUCACCGAGUUAAUAUCCACCUUCUGGGUCCUCCACCUGGCGGACAAUAAGAAUGUCGUGACGCGCAGAAAGGCGUUUACCAUAGUCGCCAUAGCCAUUCUGCAUAUUCUGGCUGCCAGCUGGGAUCAGUUUUUUCAAAACGUCGUCAGGGGGGAAGGAUACGCGCAUCAGGUCGUACGCGAUCUGAUGCUGAUGAUACCGGACAUCCUCCACGUCGCCGUUCCGCUGUGCUCGAUCAAGUGGAAGAGCGGCCAUCAUCUACCCGGAUACGGCAUGAGAUACUCGACUAUUAUACUUUUCCGAAGAUGCACCAUCACGAGGGACUUGGUAUACAUGUUAAACAUAGUCAUGGUCGGACUGUGGAUUUGGGCAUGCUUGUAAUUUCGACGAUAUCGCCGGAAGAAGCGAUCCGGCGAUGGCCUCGAGACGUGCCCAUUCCUUCUAAAACGGCCUUCAUUCGUUUACCAUGCUCUUCCUGCGAAAUAGCCGAACUCCGCGACGUAGAACGCCUAACACGAAAGCCAAAGUUCUCUCUGUGCGACGAAUUCGAUUGUUACUGCGGGUACAGUAACAAUUUCAUUAAUACCACAAAGGGAUGUUCCGUCUGAACGUAGUAUUACCGUUAACGAAUGUGUUCCGAGAAUAGCUGGACUGAGCUUGGGUUGCGUGCCGUCCUAUUUUCUUCUCGUUAGGUUACCACAUCCUCGUCACUUUAUUCGGUACCUUAUCGUCUUAUCUCAUCGUGUGGCCUUUCACAUGUGAGCUUAUAAGACUUUUAUCUAUUAUUUAUCAAGUAUUUUUCGCUGUGCGAAAUUUCGACGUCUUUAUACCAGGCUCGCGAGCGGGCGGCAAUCACGAUAAGCACUGAGUGUAAUUCAAGACUUUGUUAAUACUGAAAUUUUUAUAAUCUAAAGCGCGUUACAGAGGGGAUCGCGAACGAAUAGUGUCUGAAAAGUUACUCUAAAUUUAAGUAUUGCAUUAAUAGCUAACAUAUCAAAUAGCGUGUAGGUAGUUUACGCGAGCGGAAUGUUAUCGUGACAGGAGGGAUUAUCGGCACUAUUAACCAAAAAGUAGCAUACGUAUGCAUAAUACUAUUACAAUAGUAUUAUUUAUCAAAGAUUAAUUCGCUGAUUUUAUCAGAAUCACCCGGUGAUCUUAUAAAAGCGUCGAUUAAUCACAUACAUACGUGCAUGUGCAUACGUGUAUGUAUGUAUAUGGCGAUAUGCAUCGUAUAAAUAAUAGUAUUAUAUUGUAUUUAUGUAAAUUAUGAGAGAUGCUUAAAGUGCCUAUACAUAAUGUAUAUAUAUUAUUUAUACUAUUGUGUUGACUGACGCGGCAACCGAUCGCAAGAAUGAAGAUGCACUCUUUUCGCGUAUUUUAACCACGGCAGAGGUAUGGACGAUUACUUUAAAAUAAUAUCACGCUGUAAUAGCAAUGAAGGGAGAAAUUCCGGAAUUAUCAGGAUGUCUUAGAUCGAUUUGCAAAUGCCAGUUUUCUAACGUCACGUCUUGAUCUUAGAUCCGCUUAGGAGCUUGUUUUUUCCUCUUCGACCGAUAAAAUAUGUAUUAUCCAAAUAAACACACAUAUCUUUAAAGGUA